GCGGGCCAACACAAAAAAAAAAAAUGAAUUCAUCUCCCGCUCGUGCCGUGCGGGCACUCGUCCAAAGUCAGAGUCGGCAGCGGCCGACACUUGAGCGCGCUUGCUUGAGCUGCGCAACAGUCGUCCACGCUCGCAGGUGUUUUUCGGUGCUUGAUAGGCCACCGCCCAACUACCCGGGCCAUGUACCACUGACGAGAGUUGAGCGCGCCGGCCUUGCCGUGGGCUCAGGACUCUGGUCGCUUCUCGAUCCCCGCCGAGGAGACCUGAUCGCCGCCUUUGCCGAAGCGACCGCGACCCCCUACUUCGUCCCGCGCCUGCGCGACGCGAUGCUCGCCUCGCCCACCGGCCGCCGGAUCCUCCGCGACCGACCACGCAUCACCUCGUCGUCGCUCGACCUCCCUCGGCUCCGCUCACUGCCGCAGGGGACCGUCGGCGCCACGUACGUGGCCUGGCUGGACCGUGAAGGCGUCACACCGGACACGCGGGCGCACGUACGGUACGUGGACGACGAGGAAUGCGCCUACGUGCUCCAGCGCUACCGAGAGAGCCACGACUUUUACCACGCGCUGACGGCGCUCCCAGUCGUGCGCGAGGGCGAGGUCGCCCUCAAGGCGUUCGAGUUUGCAAACACUUUGCUGCCCAUGACGGGGCUGGCCACCUUUGCCGCCUUUACGCUGCGCGAAGGCGAGAGGAGGCGCUUCGUCGACACGUACCUGCCCUGGGCGGUCAAGAACGGUCUGCGCGCAAAGGAAAUCAUCAACGUGUACUGGGAGGAGGAGAUGGAGACGGACGUGGUCGAUCUGAGAAAGGCGCUGGGCAUCGAGCCGCCGCCGGAUAUGAGGGACGCUAGGAAGAGGGAGAGGGAUGCCAGGCGGCGGAGGAAGCAGCUCGAGACUGAAGCUCAACAGGGUCUGGAUGCGGCAAGCUUAUAAAGUUGGAGGUGGCCAUGUGCCUUGGGUGCGGGGAGGCGAGUCGAGCUGGACGACUUGUAAUACCAUUUGUAGCACCAUUGCUCGCUACGUCUUUGUAAUGUAUUGUGCUGCAUUAUAUCGCUGUAGGUAUUUUGACAAAACACAUCAUACGGAUAUAUGGAAGUAUUUCCCUGAACUGUGUACAAGGACGACUCCCUAUGGCACUCAUUAUUUGCUUGGUAGCUCAUCCAUCC